AGUUGGCAGAGGGAGCGCCAGCUUGCCAAGAUGCCGAAGAUAGGAUUCUACCGCAACUAUGGCAAGACCUUCAAGAAGCCCCGGCGUCCUUAUGAGAAGGAGCGCCUGGACGCUGAGCUGAAGCUUGUCGGCGAGUAUGGCCUGCGCAACAAGCGCGAGCUCUGGCGCGUGCAGAUGGUUCUGAGCAAGAUUCGCAACGCUGCUCGUGUCCUGCUCACGCUGGACGAGAAGGACCCCAAGCGUAUCUUCGAGGGUAACGCCCUGAUGCGCCGCAUGAACCGCUACGGCCUGCUGAACGAGAGCCAGGACAAGCUGGAUUACGUGCUGGCGCUGACCCCCCAGGACUUCCUGGAGCGCCGCCUGCAGACCCUGGUCUUCAAGCAGGGCCUGGCCAAGUCCAUCCACCACGCGCGCGUGCUGAUCCGCCAGCGCCACAUCCGCGUGGGCAAGCAGGUGGUCAACGUGCCCAGCUUCAUGGUGCGCGUGGACAGCCAGAAGCACAUUGACUUCGCCCUGACCAGCCCCUUCGGCGGCGGCCGCCCCGGCCGCGUGAAGCGGAAGAACGCCAAGAAGGGCGGCGACGGCGGCGAGGACGACGAGUAAACGCCCGCCAACGUGUUGGAGCAAGGAGCAAGGGGGGAUGCUGUAACGCUUCCACAGUCGCAUAUGCCCGUUUCCAUGCCGCGUGGUCCCAAUUACCCCUGGGGAGGGAGCCAGCUCUGGGGAGGUCGAGGCCGCGGCGCAGCAAGAGGAUUUUGUGCAGCUGAUGAACAGCGGCAUGAUCAGGGCCAGUUGCUCAGCAUGUGACACCCCUGGCGUGUGGCGGUGGCUCAAACGUCCAGAGGAAUGCAGUUGCGGAGGCAAGCUGGCAGAAGUGGUAACGGCCUAACGGGACUUCAGUCCAGCAGGGGGGCUGGCGCGGUGAUAGACGGCAGGAGGGAUGGGCCAACGUUGGAGAGCCACAUGUAUCGUAUGCAGUUACCCGCCGGGCAUGUUGCAACGCAGCGGUGCGUCCCGAAUGUUGACUAAGUGGAGGAAGAGGAAGAUAAGGGCCAAAACGAAACAGAUCGCAUUACACCGCGCCGUUAUCAGGGCCGAAUCACAAGGCGUUUAUCAUAAGGCA